GAUGGACAUAAAAGGCGAAGAGUAAAAGUGGCAUCACGGCCUGCACCGAUUGUCUCUACACUCGACUCCACGCCAGCUUCCAUCAAGGAUGCACCUGAUCGCUUCGGUCAUUCUGUUAUGCGCAGCGUCUUCUGUAUCGGGAGAAUGUUAUCGCAUCACACAGCUGAAGUACAAACUUCUUACGGAGGAACUUGUAGAAAUUUUCACGCAAUUGUUUGGAUGCCCAUUUACCACGAGAGAUUUAUACGUAGACUACACGAUCCUCGAUCUAACUUCAAACACAUUUUCUUAUCCCAUGGCCAUUCAUUCGUAUUCGGACGAUGGAACAUCGUAUGCUGUCAGGGUAGGAUCUACUAUGAAGAAUCCAAUGUGAAGUUUUUCAUCGAUAUGUUGACAGGCUGUAAAGUACCUGCGACAAGCAUGCCCAGUAAUGUUACUAAGUCGAUGGAGAGGUUUGCCUUUAGUGUCUUGAUCGAUUUCCUAUCAUGA